AUGUCGAUCGUCGCCGCUCUCCCCACCAAGUUCAUCCUCCCUGACCUCCUACGCAUGAACCGCCACCACAAACAGGCUACUGCUGAAUCAAAGCGGUGGCUUUUUCGUGGAGACAACCUCAGCCAGAGGUCGCGCAAGGCGAUUCACGGACUCAAGGCUGGUCAACUCACAUCUAUGUGCUACCCAGACGCGGGAUUCCCUCAGCUUCGUGCUGGGACCAAAAGCAUUGCAAAUGUUGUGCUGAACUCACUUCAUCACCCGUACGACUACUAUUCGUCCGCCCGAUUGAAUAGAAUGACCAAGGACUUCUACAAACGUAUGCUUCCUACCGCCUCGCGUGGAACGAGCAGACGCUUUAUAGAGACAAUGAACUUCUUCUUCCAAGCUGUGCACGUGCAAGCCAUCGACCGGGCUAAAGGCGUCAUUCCUGACCUCGAGUCCUAUAUCUCCCUACGUCGCGAUACCAGCGGAUGCAAGCCCUGCUGGGCACUUAUCGAAUACGCUAACAAUCUCGACAUACCCGACGAAGUCAUGGAGCACCCGAUCAUCCAGAGUCUCGGCGAGGCCGCCAACGACCUAGACAUCUUCUCCUAUAACGUGGAACAGUCCAAAGGAGAUACCCAUAAUAUGAUAUCUGUUGUCAUGCACGAGGAGUGCCUCGACCUCCAGUGUGCCGUCGACUUCGUUGGCGAGCUCUGCAAGCAGUCUAUCGACCGCUUCAAUGAGAAUCGCGAGCUUAUUCCUUCCUGGGGUCCCAAGAUUGACAAGGACGUGGCAAUCUACGUUGGCGGUCUUGCAGACUGGAUUGUCGGAAGUUUGCAUUGGUCGUUCGACACUACGCGGUACUUUCAGAACUCCGGUCGUGAAGUUAAACGGACCAGGGUCGUCAAUCUCUUUCCUCGAAGCAACUGA